AUGCCCAUACAAGGACCCUGGUUCUACAUUGCAGAGACAGGUUGCAGAGGAGCACAGGUUGAGGAGAUAUGGAGUUUGGAGCCCGAGAACUUUGAAAAAUUAAAGCCAGUUCAUGGACUGAUAUUUUUGUUCAAAUGGCAACCGGGUGAAGAACCAGCUGGUUCCGUUGUUCAGGAUUCUAGAUUAGAUACAUUAUUUUUUGCUAAACAGGUAAUAAAUAAUGCUUGUGCAACUCAAGCAAUAGUAAGUGUUUUGUUGAACUGCACCCAUCAAGAUAUCCACUUAGGAGAAACACUGUCUGAGUUCAAGGAAUUCUCUCAAAGCUUUGAUGCAGCGAUGAAAGGCUUAGCAUUAAGUAACUCAGAAGUGAUACGGCAAGUUCAUAACAGUUUUGCUAGACAACAGAUGUUUGAAUUUGAUGCAAAGUCAACCGCAAAAGAAGAAGAUGCCUUUCACUUUGUCAGCUAUGUUCCUGUCAAUGGUCGAUUAUAUGAAUUGGAUGGUUUGAGGGAAGGUCCAAUAGACCUAGGUAAUAUUUUCAUUUCACCUCUCUCAAGGGGAGCCGUUCAACUUGGUCCCUGCGGCAAGAUUGAAAACAUCAGAAGAAAACACAACUACCUUCCGUUUAUCAUGGAGUUGCUAAAAACGUUAGCGGAACAUCAGCAGUUGAUUCCACUAGUAGAAAAGGCAAAAGAAAAACAGAAUGCUAAGAAACCUCAGGAAGCCAAAUGAAAAUCAGCAUCUUUACAGGGUGGAGUCCUGGAGAAGAAAAUGUGCUUCUGAAUGUCUUUAUAACUUUGCAAGACUUGUACAGUUUAAAUUUGUCCAGCACACAUUUGCAGAUUUGUCAGUUUGUCUUAUCUCAUUUGCACGGGGGGUCCUUCCCGUUUUCCCUGUUGCUAUCAUGUGCAUGGCUGCCACUCAGUGAUGGUUUUAGAAUCUCUGUCCAAUUCCAGUAUAUAACAGUGGUUUCUGAUUGAUUCUUCAUACAAAAUCAGGAAAUGCUGCUGCAAUUUGUAUAGACCCAAAUUGGUGCGAGUAAUGUAGAAGUUUUUACUGUAAUGAACAUAUUUAAAAUACCUUGUCUCUUAACGAAACCAUGGAUAUAUAGUUACGUGAAGAGAGAUUAACUUAUUUCUACAAAUAAGUUGGUCUAUCUUCGCUUGCCAUCACUACUUAUCUUGGUCUUGGCAUUGUUCAGUGACUUGACCUAAGUUGUUUUUAUGGAGUUAUGUCUACAUUUUCUACACAGCUGAAGGUAAAACAUAACAUUGGAAUGAUUGAUAAAGACCAAUGCAUAAGCAUAAGAGUUUAUUGCUUUAGUAGAAAAAAAUAAAUAUUCCCAUUUUUAUUUUGGCAAAUUAUUGUUUGGUAUG